GCUAACCAGGCGGCGUGCAUCCUGGCAGCGGAACAACAAGCUCGUGUGGGACGAGACCCGGCUCAUCAUGCAGGACCUCUUCGACAACGUGUGGGGCGACAAGGACGAGAUCCGCGUCGAGCACGCCGUGGACAUCACCCUUCCCGUGAGCACGUCCUUGCUGCAUCAUCUGGCCUGGACGCUGCUCAUUGCAUCGCCUCUCGCACACUCUAAUUCUUCACAUGCGGAUUUUGUGCGCUCGUCGUUAUUUUUGACCUGUGGCGACUUCUCUCUGGACCUUUCUCUCGCCGACCCUGGAUCACGACCCACCCCCACUCUAAAACCUUGACAGAUCGCCCUCUUUGUCAUCGGCGUCGCAGGCUUCGGACGGCGCAUCGCGUGGAAGGACGACGACGUCGUGCCCGCGGGGCACACGAUGACCUUCAAGGUGAGAGCACACAC